AUGUCUGACGUUAGCGAUUCAGAGGAUGUACCUGUGAUAAUCAAUGGCAAAGCGUACCCUAACAUCGAAAAAAACGCAUUGGAUGAAAUAUCUCUCACGGCAUUCGGAUUAGGAAUCAUCUUUGGUGUGUCUUUCAUAUCGAUCUUUUUUUCACCAUAUGUGAACUUCAACCUGUAUAUGAUUGCACUUUCACUGUUUCAUCUCUUAGAGUUUUGGGUCACUGCGAAAUAUAAUCCAGGGAAGCUUAAUACAAACUCCUUUUUAAUCAACAAUGGGAUCGGAUACUUUAUAGCACACAUGGUAGCUAUUUUGGAGGCUUUACUCGAACGUAUCUUCUUUCCUACUGUAAAACGAACCUCUUAUUCAAAUUUCACUAAAAUCAGUGUAACUCUAGGGUUUAUUGUAUUGUGUUUGGGCCAAUAUGUAAGGUCUAAAGCUAUGAUAACCGCUGGUCAGUCUUUCUCACAUGUGGUUAAGAUUACAAAGAAUUCGGACCAUAAGCUAGUAACAGAAGGUAUUUAUUCAAACCUGAGACAUCCCAGUUAUUUUGGAUUCUUUUGGUGGUCCGUUGGAUCUCAGAUGAUGUUACUAAACCCCAUAUCACUGGUGAUUUUCGUGGUUGUUUUGUGGAAUUUCUUUAAUCGAAGAAUCGCAUUUGAAGAAAGAUACCUUAUACAGUUUUUUGGUAAUGAAUACGUAAAAUAUCGAAGCUCUGUUGGCGUUGGUAUUCCAUUCAUCAAAUAA